AUGUGUCCUGCGUCCCCUACUCAAAAUCCUCAAAUAUCCGUACUUACUCAUCCACUAGAUCUCAAUCAGGAAAUUGUACCCCCCCCAAAUUAUCGUCCUGAAAUUACAAUUAGCCUCUUUAAUAAUGAACAAACAGCUCUUCUGGACUCCGGUGCAUCUGUAUCGGCAAUCUCAGAACACCUAUUCAAAAUUUUAAAUAUCAAUCCCACCCAACACAACAUACCCCUGUUCCCACUCACAAAUAUCCUGCUCACUACAGCACUCAGUAACAAAACCGUUAAAAUUAGAACUCAAAUAUAUCUCACUUUCUCAAUAAAAAAUUAUGAAACCCAUGGAAUCUUUCUCGUUGUCCCACAGCUUUCAACUCCCCUUAUCUUAGGAACCGACUGGUUGCUAGAAAAUGGUGUGACCAUAGAUUAUAGAAAAAAAGAAAUCUCUCUUCUCUCUGUCAAGGAUAAAAUACCUUUUUGUUUAAUCGCAGAUCAUGACCCCAAUAGUAUCAUCAAUGCGUUAAAAACUGUUGACAUCUCUGAGGAUUCUCCUUUUAUGCACGAACAUCUUUCAAAUAGCGUAUAUGAAUCUCUCCCUUUCGAGACAGAAAAUAAUAUAGCUCUCAAUGAUAUUCCACUCAGUACUCAUCAACAAAAUUUAAUGACUUCUUUAAUACAAAAAUAUCAACCUAUAUUUCAAGAUAGACCCGGCCUUCAUCAUUUUUUCUCUUAUAAAUUUAAUGUAAAACCUCAUGAAUCAUAUAAAAUAAAACCAUAUCCAGUCCCGUUUUCCCGUCGUCCUGCUGUGCAGAAAGAGAUAGACAAAAUGAUUCAGUGGGGGGUGAUCGAGCGAUCAGAUUCACCGUAUAACAACCCGUUAGUUACUGUUAUUAAAACCGACGGCUCUAUACGAUUAUGUCUUGAUGCACGUAAGUUGAAUACUAUUAUAUUACCCACACGAGAUGCGUCCCCUCCCAUAGACGAUAUACUGGCAAAGUUCAAUGAUAAAUGUUUUUUCUCCUCGUUAGAUUUUUCCUCGGGUUAUUGGCAAAUUCCGUUAGACCCCGAGGUACGACAAUAUACUAGCUUUUUAUAUGAUGGGCGUUCAUAUCAAUUUUGUGUUGUCCCUUUUGGUUUAAAUAUUUCAAAUGCUGCGUUUGGGAAAGGCCUCGAAGCCGCAUUGAACAAUUAUUCUCAACAAUGUCCAUUCCCAAAUGAUAUCCAUACCUAUGUUGAUGACAUUUUGUUAUCAUCUUCAUCUUUCGAAAACCAUAUUAUUACCUUAGAGUGGAUUUUCCAUAAAAUAUCAUUAGCAGGUUUAACUCUCAAACUUAAAAAAUGUCAUUUCAAUAAACAGCAAAUUAAAUUCUUAGGUCAUUUCAUAUCUCCUCAAGGUAUGGUGAUGGACCCUGACAAGGUCAAAGCUCUCCAAAACUUUCCUGAACCUCGCAACAAAAAGGACCUUCAGUCAUUCUUCGGGUUCUGUAAUUUUUAUCGUAAAUUCUCUCAAAAUCAUUCUGCACUUUUGCACCCUCUUUCUCAUUUAAUACAAAAAGAUACCCCCUGGACUUUCACAGCACAAAAUAAGAUUGACUUCCAAAAAAUUAAAACUGCAUUUUCUCUUCAAAUCUCACUCACCCAUCCAAAUUUCAAUAUACCUUUCUGUAUACAGACUGAUGCGUCUUACACCGGACUUGGUGCUGAGUUAUUUCAGAUUGAUAGUAACGCUCAACGAAACACCCUCUCAUUCGCCAGUAGGUCACUGUGUGGUGCCGAAAGGAAUUACACAGUGACUGAACUCGAACUUCUUGGUAUCCUAUUCGCAUGCCAGAAAUUUAAAAUAUAUAUUCUCGGGUAUCCUAUCAACUUAUAUACUGAUCAUAAGGCCCUCACAUUUUUAUUUUCUUGCAAACUAAAAAAUAGUCGUCUCACACGGUGGACUCUUGCUUUACAAGAGUUUGACCUUAGAAUUUAUUAUUGUGCUGGGAAAGACAACCAUAUCGAUACUCUAUCACGUCAUCCACUUGGUCGAGAUGAACAACCUCCACGGGAUACACCUGUCAUAUUACAUUAUACGUUACCCCCGCCAGUUCCCCCUGAUAUCUCUAUCCUUUUUCAAAAUAUUUCACAUGAGCAGAAACAAGACCCAAAAUUAUUAAAGAUUAUUUCAUUAUUAAAAACAUAUCCAUUACCGGUCUGGCAUCAACAUUAUAUUAUCAAAAAUGAAACUCUAUUUAUUCAAAAAUUCAAAGAGGACACUCAGUGGUCUAUAUAUUUGCCAAGUCACUUAGUACACAAAGUUGUAAAAUUCUUUCAUGAUUAUUAUGCUCAUGUUGGUCCCCUGAAGACCGCCCAAUCCUUAAAAAACGUCUGUUAUUUUCCAUCUUUUAACAAAACGGUCCGCUUCAUAGUCAAAGCAUGUGAUGUAUGUCAGAGGUGUAAACCGAAGACUACUCGCAUAGCUGGUCCAAUGCAAUCAGUACUAUCUAAUAACCCACUUGAUAAGUUACUAGUCGACUUCUACGGCCCCCUCCCUACAGGCAUCUUCCAAUUCUCUUAUAUUUUUGUGGUAGUUGACAACUUUACACGUUUCAUUAAAUUAUAUCCUCUAAGGCGCGCCAAUGCCAAAAUCUGUAUAAAGAAAUUAACAACUGAUUACUUCCCCAACUAUGGUGUUCCUAAAAGCAUUGUGUCGGACCACGGUCGUCAAUUUAUUAGUAAACAUUGGCAAACCUCCCUUAAGAAGUAUAAUAUUGAUGUAUCCCACACUAGUGUAUACCAUCCUCAAUCGAACCCUGCAGAACGUGUGAUGAGAGAAUUAGGUAGAAUGUUUCGGACAUAUUGUCAUCAAAAGCACUCAAUAUGGCCCCAGUAUGUACCGUAUAUUGAAUGGACGCUCAAUAACGUGCGCCAUGAGUCCACACAUCAAACUCCCUCCACAUUAUUCCUUAAGAGGUCCAAAUACAACCCUUUAGUUCAAUGCAUACAGUUUCCCCAAAAUGAUGUCACAUUAGACUACAAUAAAAAAUUAAUAUUGGCCCAAGAGGUCCAACUAUCAAAAGCAGAAGCCCGAAAGAGAGCCCAGACAGCACGUCUAAAUCCCACGAUGUUCAAAGUAGACGACCUAGUAUUAGUCCGCACUCAUAAGCUAAGUAACCUAAUAGAUAAAAAAAUCUCCAAAUUCUUUCUUCUAUACGAUGGUCCCUUUAAGAUUACAAACAUUAAAACCACCAAUGCAUAUGAGUUAGUUCACCCUGAUGAUGGUACACCCAAAGGCACUCACAACGUCAUUCAUUUGAAACCAUACAUACCACCUAAACAGUAG